AGGCCGGAAAAGUCAUCGGAGAAGUUCAGGUCGUUGAUCGGAAACCUUGAUAUGAGAGUGGACUUAGACAGAACAAUAAAGAUGGGAGACAGAAGCUAUAGUCCACACGUGUCAAUCAUGGCUGCUAAAUUAUCGUAUGAAAAUGAAGCCCUUAAUAAAACAGUGAUCCAACAUCAUUGGCAGAUGCAUUUCUUGGGGCUACAGAACUUCUGGAAUGCUUACGAGGAGCAAUAUUCUACCCAAGCCACAAUGUUUCAAGACAAAACUGACGAUCCAAACUUAAUUGUGGUAGCAUUUAGAGGGACAGGUCCAUUUUAUGCAAAUGCAUGGAUUUCAGAUAUAGACCUAUCAUGGUAUGAUCUUGAAGGGAUGGGUAAAAUUCAUGCAGGGUUCAUGAAAGCCCUAGGGUUGCAAAAACCCAUAGGCUGGCCCAAAGACAUUAUUAAUCAAGAAGCCCAAGAACAAAAUAAUACUACUAAGCAAUUUGCAUAUUACAAAAUCAGAGAAGAUUUGAAGAAAAUAUUGAGCAAAAGUGAGAAAGCAAAGUUCAUAGUGACAGGACAUAGCUUAGGUGGUGCAUUAGCAAUUUUAUUUGCAUCUGUGUUAAUUUUGCAUGAAGAGGAGUGGCUAUUGGAUAAACUUGAAGGGAUUUAUACAUUUGGACAACCUAGGGUUGGAGAUGAACAAUUUGGGAAUUUCAUGAUGGAGAAAUUGAAGAAGUUUGAUGUGAAGUAUUUUAGGUAUGUUUAUUGCAAUGAUAUGGUGCCAAGAUUGCCCUAUGAUGACAAAACUCUCUUCUUCAAGCACUUUGGAUCAUGUCUAUACUACAAUAGCCUCUACAAAGGCAAGGUUUUGGAGGAAGAACCAAACAAGAAUUACUUCUCACUGCUAUGGGUUUUACCAAAGGUGUUGAAUGCAGCUUUUGAGCUGAUUAGGAGUUUCAUUCUCCCUUGGAUUAAAGGAAGUGAUUACAAACAAAGCUGGUUUGAGAUAAUAUUUAGGAUGGUUGGAUUAGUAAUCCCGGGACUGUCAGCUCAUGGUCCAGUAGAUUAUGUUAAUCUUACUCGUUUAGGAUCCACCCUUCAUCUUCCUCAAUCACAAGAUGGACUUAAACACGAUUAACUUACAAAUGAAUUUGCUCUAUUUCACUCAGUUAGGGUGAAAAUACCCUCAAGCCAUAUAUAAAGUGUGAUAUUUGGGGUAGCCAUUUAGCUUUAGCAAAUUAAUAUUGAUUGUAUCAGCCAAUAAAAGAGAAUCAUAUUGAUUGUGACAUGAAUUUACUACUAUAUAUA